GAAAUGAAGAUCGAACUAUAAAUAAACAAUAAGGAAAACUGACGACGUACUGUUAUAUUAAAUUAUGACAGUAAUUGGAUAUAAUUAAUAAAUUCAGGUUCUUUCUUAUAAUUUAUAAUAACCAAAAUACUAUUGUUUAAAUUUUCUUAGCAUUGCUUAAAUUUUCUAGAUAAAUUUGGUUUUUCUAAUAUCCAAGAUGGUAAAAUUGUUUCACUUAUCAGUUUCGUAUAAACAUCAAACAAAAACUGUCACCCUCUGUUCAACAAGUGACCUAACGUCUUUUGGCUAUUUUCAAAGAAAUAGUGUUCAAGAAUUUUUGAAUUUUACUAGUCAAAUCCUUAUUGAAAGGAGUCAACCUGCUACUAGAACAUCUGUUAAAGAGCAGUCCUAUAUGUGCCAUGUUUACGUUAGAGCUGAUAGAUUGGCUGCAGCUUUAAUUUCAGACCACGAAUAUCCUCACCGAGUUGCGCAUACCAUUUUGAAUAAAGUUCUAGAAGAUUUUUCGAGCAAAGUGGCCCCUACUGCUUGGUCUGGAGAUCCUAAUUCCGUUGUUUUUCCUGCUUUAGAGAAAUAUCUCACAGAUUAUCAAAAUCCUCGAAAUGCUGAUGCUAUAACAAAAAUUCAAGAUGAACUAGAUGAAACUAAAAUUAUCAUGCAUAAUACCCUUGAAGCUAUAUUAAACCGUGGAGAAAAAUUGGAUGAUCUUGUUUCUAAGUCUGAGCAGUUAAGCCUUCAGUCUAAAACUUUUUACACCACAGCUAGAAAAACCAACUCGUGUUGUGUGAUUUUGUAAAAUAAUUUGACACCAAAGGUUUGUCAUAUCUGCUGAGUGUGACACUAAGUGUUCGCCAAUGUUUUUCGAAUAAAUUCUGAAAUUGUCACUUUGUAGUUAUAAUUAGCCUCUCAUUGGAGGAAAUGUGUAUGAUAUUACUCUUAUCUGAAGAAAAAAUAAUAGUUUUUUAAUUGGAUUUCAAUAUAUUGUUUUGUAAAUUGAGUGUUUGAUAUUUAUUUUUCUUUUGUAUUCAUCAUUCCACAAAUUUUGUAUUUUUUAAGUCAUUGUAGCUUCGAUGUAACCGAAUUUGCUUUUGUGAGAAAUAUAUUACAUAUGUGCAACUACAAUAAAUGUCUGUCAAAAUA